AUGGCAUCAAAGCAAGAACCACUCGUCUCAACCGGUAGCAAGAAAGGCGAUGGCCUCAAAAUCAUUCACGCAGGCCUCUACCGUACAGGCACCAUGUCCAUGACCGAAGCCUAUCGGAUUCUAGGCUACAAUCCACACCACGCUCGGGACAACGUCUAUACCAUUCCCUGGAAGCUUGUCGAAAAUGCCGCUGAGGCAACAUGGCCUCACAUCGCCUCACUUUCUAAUUAUUCGUACAAAGGCCCUGAUGGAAAGCCAAUCGCCCGCCCACCGUUUACUAGAGACGAUUGGCAGUCCUUAUGGGGCGAGUACGACGUCGUCACAGAUAUCGCAUCUACUUUCUCUCUGGAGCUCAUGGAGGCGUAUCCCGAAGCAAAGGUCGUCAUCGUUCAACGACAGUUCGAAUCUUGGUGGCCUUCAUUCAAAUCAGAGCUGUUACAAAGCGUUUUCGAUUGCAACUUCAUCCAAGCUUUUAUCAUCCGAUAUAUUGUACGUUUGCGCGCACUGGACGCGAUGAUCAAGAUCCACACUGGCUUCUUCGGUGUGAACGAAUUCUCCAUGGCGGCCAUUGAACCCCGCGCGAGGGAUGUCUAUGAGAACUACUAUAGCAAGGUUCGCGAAGCUGCAGGCGGACGAUAUCUGGAAUAUCACCUUGGGGAUGGAUGGGAGCCGUUGUGUGAGUUUCUAGGAAAGGAUAUUCCGGACGUGCCCUUUCCGAGAUUGAACGAUCGUGCGGAUCAUUCUGCGCAUACUAAGAAGAAUGUUCGGGAUAUGACUCUUGCUGGGGCCAAGGUUGCUGGACCUCUUCUUGCGGUUGUUGUUGGUGUUGCUUUGUAUUAUUCGAGAUAA